AUGCCACCACGACUUUCGCUGCGGCUUUCGCAGCCCAGAUCCUCCUCUUUAUAUGAUACUCUCGCCUCGAUAGCGCCGAUUCCUUCCUUUCUUCUUCCCUUCCUCCACGUGCAAUCCCGCAAUGCAUCGAUCUUGAGUUCUCUUUCCGACACACCAGGCGCGUACAACAGAAGAAUACGUCGCGGAAGGGGUCCAGCCUCCGGCAAAGGAGGAAAGUCGGGUCGCGGCUCUGACGGGCAAAAACAGCACGGCAAGGUCCCUACAGGCUUCAAUGGAGGUCAGACGCCGGACCAUAUCGUGCACGGGAAAUAUGGAUUCAAGAACCUGCACGCGACGGAAAUGUCGCCGAUCAACCUUAACCGCAUACAAUCGUGGAUCGACCAGAAACGUCUUGAUCCGACCCAACCUAUUACACUUUUGGAUCUGGUCCGCUCGAGGGCCCUGCAUGGGAUCAAAGAUGGCGUAAAACUGCUGGGAGACGGAGCAGCGGAGCUGAAGACCCCCAUUCAUGUCAUCGUGUCCAAGGCAUCACAGUCGGCCAUUCAAGCUGUCGAAGCCCUAGGCGGCACCGUUACGACACGCUUCUAUACUCCACAGGCGAUACGACGGAUACGAUUGCGACAGAUGCACCCGUUCGUCUCCCUACGCUGGGAUCCAACAGCGCUCAACAACCCAGCUCUUGCCGUGGAAGGCGGCCGGUCCCUGGAAGAGCGUGUCUCGGGCAUGGGCUACGAGUACCGCCUACCAGACCCGACUUCGCGUAAGGAUCUCGAGUACUACCGCGAUGCCAAGAAUAGGGGUUACCUGGCGCACACCGUGAAACAGGGAGAAGGACCUAGUCUAUACUUCAAGCCGCCCAUCAGCGAGGAGGAGCUGAAGGUGUUGAGGAAGAGGAGCGCCUCAGGCAAGGCCGGACAGGCCGCAAAGGCUAGAGAGGAGAACAAGCUGUGGUAG